AUGGAUGAUCCACAUGUCAGUACAUCCGAUGAUUCUGAAAUAACUUUGGACAAUGCAAAACAACCCAACUGGUUGAUGCGAAAUGAAAAUAAGCAUAAUACAAGUGUGAUACAAUUACCUGAAAGACAAAAUCAUAUACGUAAACGUUUACCUGGUGAAAAUUAUUCAGCCUCACAAACCAACACACCAUUACUGUAUAAUUCAUCGAAUGCUUAUACUUAUCAUAAAGACGAAAAUAAUGUAGACAAACAAAAGUUGAAUCCCCUCAAUACCACAUUGUUACCCUCUUCAACGUCAAGAUCACAAUCACCAAUGGAUACAACUAAUAUUCUGCCUAAAUCAAAAUGGAAAAGUACUUCUUCAUUCUAUUUUAAUCCAUCUGGACGUAUUGUUUAUUCAUGGUGUGGUGUUAUCAGUGUAGUUUUUAUGUAUCAUUUAUGGGUGAUUAUGUAUAGAUUUGCAUUCAAUGAAAUCAAUCAACAAACUGUCAUUUUUUGGUUAACAUUAGAUUAUUUUGCUGAUCUACUGUAUCUCAUUGAUAUGACUAUAUCCAUUAGAACUGGUUUCUUAGAAGAUGGAGUUUGCAAUUCGAUGGAGUGA